AUGAUUGAGAAGAUUGGACGUCGUACCGGCCUGGAUCUGACACAUGGCGGCAACGUGCACGUGGCGAUGUUUCGGAACCAGCUGAGCGAGGUACCGGAACUCCUGCCAACCACCGACCAGGCAAUAUUCCUUGAUGGGAACCACUUCCACUCACUCUCUGCAUUACGAGCAUCUGGAAAUUCUGCACCUGGCAAAAAUGUUAUUGCCGUGCUGCCAUCUGGAGUGUUCGGCCACCUGUCGCUUCUCACACAGGUGUAUCUGCAAGAUAACGUUCUACACACUGCGCAGCCCAACGUCUUUACGGGGCUGCUCAUGAUGAAUGAACUGGACCUCAGCAACAACCGCCUGGCGGUACUGAGCGCGGCUACGGUACGGGAAUUAGGAAUGUUACCAGCCAUGUAG